AUGGGCUCCGAUAACGCAGAGUCGUGGGCAAACCGCGACACACCUAUUCCAGUGGUCCAGGUACAUCAUGCCUCGAACGAUGGCACUCCCACUACAGAAAAGCCACAUUCGCAUUCGCGCCGGCUGUCGGCUAGCAGGCUCAAAGAUAAACUGGAAUCAUUGGGUGACAACAUAAGUCGUGAGUCCAGUAGUAGAGUGGGAGACAAGAUGAUGAACCUAUUACUUGCGCAAGUCCUGCCCUCAGAAGACCUCUCCGACAGCUCGUCUCCAGAUUCAUCAACACCAAGCGGGAACACACCACAAAUCAAGGACCGACGCUCUCGAAGCUAUGUCGCCCGCCCCAACUUUAGUAUCCCUACCAUGUCCUCUAACUUCCGUCGCUUCAACUCACGCAUUGGUGUUGCUUUUAUUCUUCAAAACCGACUCAUUCGUCUUUUCACCUGGGUCCAGCCCACACAAACCCUCUCGUUUCUCCUAGUCUGGACAUUUGUGUGUGUCGAUCCAUAUCUUCUACCUGUACUCCCGCUGGCGUGUGGCAUGUUCUUCGUCAUGGUUCCUGCAUAUCUAACCCGACAUCCGGAGCCUAUGGCAAACAUGGUGGAUAUCGAUGGCGAUCUGUGGAGGGGAAGCUUAGGAGGACCACCACUAGCAGACGCAAAGACGAUCAAGCCUGCGCCCGAGUUUAGCAAGGACUUCUUCCGCAACAUGCGCGAUCUGCAGAACUGCAUGGAGGACUUCAGCCGCGGCCACGACGCUGUACUGAGCUUCAUCACACCGCUUACUAACUUCAGCAAUGAGAACCUGUCAUCGAUGCUCUAUCUCAUCCUACUUGUCGCGUCGGUUUUGUUGUUUAUAUCGGCGCAUCUACUACCAUGGCGCGCGAUAUUUCUCGUCAUCGGAUACACUUUGACGGCAUUGGGUCACCCUAACGUUCAAGACCUCCUCACAACGCCCGAGAGCGAAAAGUUCAUCUCCGAUGCAGAGCACGAAAGCCGUUCUUUCCUCCUCACCAUCUCGCGCGCAGACAUCGAACUGGAGACAUCACCAGAGACGCGCGAAGUAGAAAUCUUCGAAUUACAGCACCGUGCCCUACACGAUCAGCAUGGCGAGUACGAGGGCUUCAUGUUCUCACCAUCACCUUACUCCCCUUUAUCGCCUUCUAGGAUCAGCGGCGACAGACCUCGUGGCACACCGUUCUUCGAAGACGUACUCCCACCCCGUGGCUGGCGCUGGAGUGACAAGAAGUGGACACUCGAUUUGUUAUCUCGUGAAUGGGUCGAAGAUCGUUGUGUCACAGGCGUGGAAGUUGAGGUCGAGGGUGAGCGAUGGGUCACGGAUUUACACUACGAAGUUCUUGAAAGUGAUGGAGAGAAAGCCAAUGCCGCAAAGGCCAAGUUAAAGAAGCGGACCGGAUCAAAGGGAAGCAUCAGGGAUAUUGGAGAUCAAGAGAAGGAGGUUCUGCGCCGGGCAUGGGAGAGCCAUGCGCCGAGUCGCAAGGGCGAAUGGAGGAGGCGGAGAUGGGUGCGGGGUGUGGAGAGGAUACCUUGGAGGGAGAGUCAGUAA